CUCUCGAACGGCCAGAUCUGCGUGCAAAAGUCAUCAAAUGCAAUGAGAUUCAAGAGCAGCUAACUGGUGGUGGCCAAAAUGGCGAGCUGGUAGCAGUGAAGCAUUAUUUGGAAGCAUUUUACGGAUGUCGAUAUGACGAGCUAUUUGUGGUACUUGCAAAGCUAGAAAGUGAACGACUCAAAUUCGACCGUUACUUCGCGCCACAUUACAAUUUUUACUCACGGGCAAUGCGUCUAAAGGCCUAUGAGCAGUUCCUUACUCCAUACAAAACAGUUCGCCUGCAUAUGAUGGCGAAGGAUUUUGGUGUUUCGAAAGAGUUCAUCGAUAAGGAGCUCCAU